CGGAGGCCAGACGUGCACUUGAGGUGGCAGAGGCGGAGGCCAGACGUGCACUUGAGGUGGCAGAGGCGGAGGCCAGGGACGCACUUGAGGUGGCAGAGGCGGAGGCCAGACGUGCACUUGAGGUGGCAGAGGCGGAGGCCAGACGUGCACUUGAGGUGGCAGAGGCGGAAGCCAGACGUGCACUUGAGGUGGCAGAGGCGGAAGCCAGACGCGAGGCGGCCAAUCGCUUCCACGGCAUGAAGGAGAUAGCGUUGGUAAUGGCUGCUUCGGCGUCUGGGUCUGAGGUAGAAGAGAUCCCCACACUUGAAGAUGCUGUUUGUACUCGUGAGUGUGAGGAAAAGGCUACUGUUUUGGACCCUGUUUUGGAGGUGGAGCAUAUGCGUGAUGGCGGUAGUGAGUCAGUGGGGCGACGCCGCAUGGCUGAGGUUGAAUCGAGGUCAGUGUGUGACAGCCGUUCUGCUGUCGGUAGUAUUUCCUGCAUCAAAAGUAUAUGUGAUGAUGAAGAAGAGGCGCGAGGAAUUCUCUUGGAAGCAAAGGAGUCUCAGUGGGACCAUAUUUGUUCCCUGUUUGAGGAAGGAAGGUUUUGUGUGAAGUCUCGAGUUGGGACGACCGAGGAGGAGGAACGGAUGUUGUCCGCCUCGAGAAGUUAUAGUAAUGAGUACAAGUGGCGUAUGUUGAAGAUGGUUAAGCUGCCUCCCGAUACACAGCCGCCUAGACCCUUUAUUGGGUUUUCUUUGGCUGAGUUCCUCGCUGAGUCGUUUGUACAGGUUGACGGCUUGUACUUGAAUGGACCUGCGUAUCAAGUGGGAAUUCGUAUUGGUGACACACUGCUGAGUAUUGAGGGAGAGCAGGUUACGAGCAUCUCUGAGGUUCGACGUGCUGUGUCGAAGCACUGCCGGGUUGCUGAUCUGGCGGAUCUGGUGCUUCGGCGUCCAGACGGCGCGGUCUAUUGUGCGUCGCUUUGGGUAAUGACCGCAGAACUGCGCUUCAAGGGUGAACCGUACUUCUUUGAUAUUAGUCGUCACAAAAGCAUCCAAAGAAACCGUCACACGGAAGAGAUUGAAGUGACACCGAAGAAGUAG